UCAUCUGGGCCGUCCAAUCUCCGAUCGGACGGCCACCGCUAACCGUCGUAGGGUUCAACGCCGCCGCCGCCGCCGUGUCCGCUCCAGCGUCAGCCCUCCACAAGCAAUCCAGCGGCGGCGGCGGCGCCACCACCACCACCCACCCCCGACGGCGAUGGCCGACGACGACGUCGCGCCGCGCACGGCCUCUGCCUACCUCGACCCCACGUACUGGGACGAGCGGUUCGGGAAGGAGGAGCACUACGAGUGGUUCAAGGACUUCUCCCACUUCCGCCACCUCCUCGCCCCGCUCCUCUCCCCCUCCAUCUCGGUUCUCGAGGUCGGGUGCGGCAACUCGCGGCUCGGGGAGGAGCUGCUGCGGGAGGGCGUCGCCGGCGGCAUCACCUGCGUCGACCUCUCGCCCGUCGCCGUCCAGCGGAUGCGUGACCGCCUCGCGGAGCAGGGAGCCGAGGGUGUGGAUGUCGUCGUAGCGGACAUGCUUGAUCUGCCAUUUGAGGGCGAGAGCUUCGACCUCGUGAUUGAGAAAGGGACAAUGGAUGUCUUGUUUGUGGACAGUGGUGAUCCGUGGAACCCCAAUCCUGAAACAGUGGAUAGUGUGAUGAAAAUGCUUGAAGGUAUCCACAAGGUUCUGAAGCCUGAAGGCAUAUUUGUAUCAAUAACCUUUGGACAGCCACAUUUCCGUCGUCGAUUUUUUGAAGCACCUGGGUUUACAUGGUCUGUUGAGUGGAGCACCUUUGGUGAUGGCUUCCAUUACUUCUUCUAUACCCUUAAAAAGGGCAAGAGGUCAUCGGAGUCCAAUUGUUACCAACCUACAUUACCUGCUGCUCCAAGCAUUAAUAUGUUCCAUGAAGAGCUUGAGAGUGAGGAUUAUAUAUUCAGAACAAAUGUUGAUGAGUUGUAAGUUGCAACUGGUAACAAGUGCACGCUGCUUGGGAGGUUUUCGUGAAGCUGACAUAAUGGCACAACAAGAGACAGACUGUUCUCCAGCAUUUCCAUCACGAAUCAUCCACCAGUAAGUAUGUGAUGUACGACAGAUGCAUUUGCAGGUCUUGUUUGGUGCUCAGUCAUUGUCCUGGCUAGGGAUUUUUGUACAAUCAGAAAUGGAUAGAACAGAUUCCAGUUCUUGUCCCCAUUUGUUUCUUGAUUGGAACUAUGUAGUAAUUCCUUGCCACUAAACUGGCAAAGCUGUUGACUGAUACUGCAAAUGCGCUGUGCCUGGCCCAACCUUUUAGUGUGGCUGUUAACUUGUUACGCCAAUUGUAAAAUGACUGUUUCUUGAAUCAUGAUGCAGUGCUUAGGACUUGCCUGAAAUG